AUGUCUCAUGAUGAGCCAUCAGAAUCAGAUGACAUUAUUCAAAAUAAUGCUCAUGGGCGCCAGUUUUCAACCCCUGCUUUGAGUGAUGACAGCACACACAAGGAGCUACGUGAGCUUAUUGGUGAGCUGGGGACUCAGAUAGGUGAAUCAAUCGCUAGUCGGUUAUUAUCCAGUCAAGUCCCGCUUGGUCCAAACCAGACAGCUCCAACUGAGUCUCCCAAAGUUAAGGGCCCUGAUACCACUCUCGACUUCUCCAAAAUGAACCUAGUGGUCAGGCAAGAUAUCAAAGACCCACCUAUGUACCGAGGUGAUGACGCAGAUAAGUACUCUGUUCAUGAGUGGAUAGAUAUGAUGGAAGUGUAUUUGCAGAAGAGAGGUUUGUCUGGAGCCAUGCAAGUGGAUGAAAUCUUGAACCAUCUCCUCGGCAGAGCUAAAAACAUUGUUAGGGUGGGUUUGAAAAGCAACUCAUCUUCUGGUGCGGUGACCAACCCUGAGACCAUCUAUGCCAUACUCAGGCGUUAUUUUAGUGAGAGCCCUGGUUCUUGUCAACCAUUGGCUGACUUCUAUGCCACCCAACCAGGUGCAAAAGAAACACCAGUAGACUAUUGGGUGAGACUUAAUAUCGCAGCUGAAGCAGCUGAUAGGCACUUACAGCGCCAGGGAGGCAAAAUGGAGAACAUGGAGGCAGAAAUAGCCAUGAUGUUUAUCAGAAACUGUCCUGAUCCCAGCCUCGCCUGUGUCUUCAAAUGUUCCAUGGCGUGUACUUUGAGCGAAGAGGCAGAGCAAGAAUUAAAGAGCGCUGGGGUUGCACUGGAAUUAAGCGACAUUCGCACUGACAUUAUGCUAGUGGGCUGUGGUGGAGUUCAGGUUAAACCCAAAUGUAUAUGUGAGCUGAAGAUGGAGGUUUAUGAUUGUACGUUCAGAGUGCCCGCUCUAGUGGUCCCUGGUCAGAAAGAUCAGUUAAUUUUGGGGACAAAUGUCAUCAAACACCUUCUCAGACACUUCAGGCUGUCUCCCCAUUUUUGGCAAGUCCUGAGUAAACCCGAAUCAGCAGAAGCGCCCAAGAUAGUACAGUUUCUGAAUAUGCUGUCUGGCAUUAAUAGGUGGAGAGGUGACAAAAUGCCAGAUGUCAUUGGCACUGUCAAACUAGCUCAGGCAGUGACUCUACUCCCCAAGCAAGAACACCUUGUAUGGGGCAGACUGCCAGCAUCAUCACCCCUCUCUGAGGGCAGUGCCAUUCUGAUUGAACCACCAAAAUCUCAGACUCAUAAGAAAGGUGCCAUUGUCUGCAGAACUGUGGUUUCUAUGAGUGGCGAUAGGUGGGUCCCUGUUCGAAUCCUGAACACCUGCGAUAAACCUAUCACACUGAGACGAAACACUAAGGUGGCAGAUGCCUCCACUUGUGUAGCUGUUGAAGAUAUUGAAGUGGCCUCUGAUCAAAAUCCAGGUGAGACACUUAAAGUCCAGAGCCAGACAGUGUGUAGCGACACACAUAGUAGCUCUCCCUCCUGCUCUAGCUUUCGUGACAGCCUGCAGAAGGUGGGGUUGGAAGAUUUAGAUCUUGACUCUUGUGAAGUCUCAGACCAAUGGAAGGCUCAGGUACUACAACUGAUCCACAGAUAUGAGGAUGUUUUUUCCAAGAGUAAACUAGACUGUGGGCUGGCAAAGGAUUUUGUCCAUCGCAUCCACCUGUCUGAUGACCGGCCAUUCAGACUUCCCUAUCGACGCGUCCCUCCAGGGCAGUAUCACAAGUUGCGACAGGUGCUCACAGAGAUGGAGGAGCGUGAACUGAUCCGCAAAUCCAACAGUGAGUGGGCGUCUCCACUGGUAUUGGUAUGGAAAAAGAAUGGCGAUCUCAGAAUAUGCGUGGACUACCGCUGGUUGAAUGCACGCACAAUCAAGGAUGCCCAUCCUUUGCCCCACCAGUCAGACUGUCUGGCAGCCCUGGGAGGUAAUGCAAUUUUCAGUGCCAUGGAUCUCACCUCUGGUUUCUACAAUAUUGUGAUGGCAGAGGAGGAUAAAAAACUAACGGCAUUUACAACACCUAUGGGGCUCUACGAGUUUAACAGACUCCCCCAAGGCCUGUGCAACAGUCCGGCAAGCUUCAUGCGUCUCAUGAUGGGCAUAUUUGGUGACCAGAACUUCCUAACCCUGCUGUGCUACUUGGACGAUUUGCUUGUUUAUGCACCCAGUGAAGCAGAGGCUCUCAGGAGGUUAGAGAUUGUGUUUAGCAGACUACGUGCUCACAGACUGAAGCUAGCUCCUAAAAAAUGUCAUCUGUUUAGGAGGAGUGUGAGAUUUCUGGGUCAUGUUGUGACUGAAGGAGGGGUUUCGACUGAUCCUGACAAGGUUAAGGCGAUCACUGCUAUUUCAGAGGGUGACCUCAUGAUGGAGGAUGGGGUCACGCCAUCUCAGAAGAAGAUAAAGUCAUUUUUGGGCAUGGUAAUGUAUUACCAGCAUUUCAUACAAGACUGUUCUAAGAUUGCCAGGCCCCUUUUCACCCUGACUGCUGCUCCUAAAGGGAAAAAAGUAAAUGCUCGAGGUGCUGCUUCUUUCUGGAGGCUCAGCCCAAGUGACUGGAGAAAGGAACAUGUUGACUCGUUUGAACACCUGAAGGCUGCACUCCUUGGCUCCGUUGUGCUUGCUCACCCUGAUUUCAACAAACCAUUUAUCUUGUCAACAGACGCUUCACAGGACGGUUUGGGUGCUGUGUUGUCACAGGUCCAAGAGGGCGAGAGUAAAGCACGUCCUGUUGCAUUUGCCAGCAAGGCCCUCACCCGUGCACAGAGAAACUAUCCCGCCCAUCGUCUUGAGUUUCUGGCACUAAAGUGGUCUGUCUGUGACAAAUUUAGCCACUGGCUGAAGGGGCAUAGCUUUACAGUCUGGACAGACAAUAACCCUCUAACAUAUAUUCUCACAAAGCCUAAGCUUGAUGCAUGUGAACAAAGGUGGGUGUCAAAGUUGUCCCCCUACAAUUUCAGCAUCAAGUAUAUUCCUGGCAGUAAAAAUGUCGUUGCAGAUGCACUGAGCAGGCAGCCGUUCAUUCAUAAUUGUGUUAGUCAGAGACUCAUGAGUGAACCCUAUGCAACUCUGUUAGAGGAGUCACAACAAGUCAAGGAAAUCUCAGUUCAGGAUGCAUUCAGGCUCAGUGCCAACCACCAAAGUGUUGAGUGUUUAGCCCCUGCAGAGAGUCUAGGAUGUUGUUCCCUGACUAAUGAUGAAGUUUCCGCAGUUUUCACAGGUCACACUGAGUGGGACCAAGGUCCAAAACAGAGAGCAAUCUCCUGGUUGUCUCAAGAGCUAGAUCGGCUUCCCUCACUAGGCCAGAACACCUUGUCUGCCUUCUCACUUCAGGAGCUACAGGAGGAGCAGAGAGCAGAUGUGACACUGUCUCAAGUCAUUCCGUUUGUCAUACGUGGUCGGCGCCCAUCACGUAGAGAAAGAGCUCACCUGUCACAUAAAGUGCAAAAGACAAUGAAACAGUGGGAGAAAUUGAAAAUGCUGGAUGGUAUUCUGUACAUAGUGAGUAAAGACCUGCUCACUGUCAAGUCCUGUCAGGUGUCCAUGAUGAUGCUGGCCAUCAGGGUCAAAGCAGAACUCUGUAUCUAG